AUGUUCACACAGAUUGCACCUGUCAACGAGCACACCCCCUAUCUGAUCUCUACUCCGUCAGCAGGCAGCAUCCCUGAAAACACGGAUGAACUGACCGUCAUCACCACCAUCCUGGCAGCUGAUGAGGACCUGGGCCAAGAUGGCGCUCUCACAUACGCCAUUGACUCUGUGACGCCAACCUCUGGAACGGGACUCUUCACCGUGGACGCCAGUACCGGAGAAGUAAAGGUCGGCGGUCAACUUGAUGCAGAUGCUGUUACCGGUGGCGUCAGCAGCUACACCGUCUCCUUCAGUGUCUCCGACAACGGCGCAACUCCCAAGUCCGUAACAGGUUCAUUUUCUGUGGCCGUCACAGAAGUCAAUGACAACACUCCCUUCUUCGACCAGAGUGAGUACGCAGUCGACGUUGAUGAAGGCAGUGCUGUCACUGUGCUUGCACCUACUACAGCUGACCAUGAUGGAGAUUCCCUGACCCUGACGAUACAGAGUGGGAACGACGAUGGCCUGUUUGAGGUCCAGGGGAGUUCUGUAGACGUGGCUUCGUCCCUGGAUUAUGAAGCCAACCAAUACCAUGUUCUCGUCCUCAGGGUCAGUGACGGCACUUAUUGGUCCGACGUUCCGCUAGUUGUGAAUGUCCAGGACAUUGUUGAUGAGAUCCCUGCAAUCACACUUGUAUCCAGCACCUCAAUGGCAGAAGAACAAACCAUUGGAACUCGGGUGUCUGGGGGAUUUGUCGCCUCCGACCCAGAUGCUUCGGAUACACUGACAUACGCCAUAAGUGGAUCCGGGAGCACCUAUCUGACCAUUGACUCCAGCACAGGGGAACUGACUAUCGCCCAGAACGUGGAUUACGACAGCGGACUGACACAAGUGGUCUUCACAGUAACAGUGACUGACACAGUCUCCAACCAAGCAUCAGAAACAAUAACCAUCUCUGUCGACGACAUCAAUGACCUCUUCCCUGUUUUCAUCCUAAAUGUAUACGAAGUUGAAGUCACAGAAAAUUCGGCUGAAAACACUGCACUGGCUGAUCUGACCUGUUCUGACGGGGACACGGGUAACAACGCUCUGUUUGACGUCACGGUUGCCAGUGGAGAUGGUGGAGCAGGUAUCUUCAAGAUGUCCGGACUUCAGCUUCUCACGGACUCCACCCCCGCUGACUAUGAAGCUCUUUGGUCAUCAGGCUACAUGUACACCUUGGUCAUCACAGCAGUGGACAAGCCUGACCAGGGGGCACCCAACACGGGGACAGCGAUAGUGAAGGUGACGGUCAAACCAGAGAACGAGUUCGACCCUGUGUGGACAGGACCUGCUUCAGAUGGAAGUGGAACCUUUGUAGGAGAUACAGUCAGUGAAGGAGAAGCUCCGGGAUACGUGAUCAUAACAUUCCAGGCGACUGAUGCUGAUCUUGGAGUGGAUGGGGGGAUCACAUACAGUAUCACGUCGGUAACAGGAGCUUCCGGAGCUACCGCAACAGACAAGUUCUCUGUCGACCCCACAACAGGGGAGUUGACGGUUGCAGGAGCGUUGGACGUAGACACGGGGACGAACGGAGAAUCCAGUUACACUAUAGGGGUCAGAGCUUCAGAUGGUGGAACAUCAUCUCGUCAUGUGGACGGGUCUAUAGCUAUCACACUCACGAAUGUCAAUGACAACGCCCCUUUUUAUGAUCAGACUGACUACAGUGUAGAUGUGGAUGAGGAUGCCAGCGUUGGAACAGUUGUAAUUACCCUCACAACUGAUGAUCAUGAUGGUGAUGCGGUAACGCUGGCAGUCGCAAGUGGACGAGAUGAUCUGUUUGAGUGUGUGGGGAAUAGUGUGAAGAUCAAAGCAGCUUUGGAUUUUGAGACCGACGCUAAUCACGUGUUGAUAAUACGAGCCAGUGAUGGUGUCUUUGAGACUGAUGUUCCCGUCCAAGUCAAGGUCCAGGAUGUCAGUGAUGAAGAUCCUGUCAUCACCAUGGCAGCAACAGCCACCAUGGCAGAAGAACAGGCUCUAGGAACUGGAGUGUAUGGGGGGUACCUGGUCACCGACCCUGAUGCUGGAGAUACUCAUACAUAUGCCCUGUCAGGAGCUGACAGUGGUUACCUAAGUAUUGAUUCUGCCACUGGGGAGUUGUCAGUUGCCCAGAAUGUCAACCGAGAAGGGAGCAGUGGCAAGACCCAGCUGGACCUCACCUUGACCGUCACUGACCAGGGAGGUCAACAGGCCACUCAGGCCUUCUCCAUCACGGUAGAGGACAUCAAUGACUUGCCACCCGUCUUUAAUCCUUCAGAGUUCACUGCGGAACUUACAGAAAAUUCAGCCGCUGAUGUGUCGUUGCUGGAUCUGACGUGUUCUGAUGGAGAUACAGGAAACAACGCUCUAUAUGACGUCACGGUUGCCAGUGGAGAUGGUGGAGCAGGUAUCUUCAAGAUGUCCGGACUUCAGCUUCUCACGGACUCUACCCCUGCCGACUAUGAAGCUCUCGGAUCAUCAGGCUACAUGUACACCUUGGUCAUCACAGCAGUGGACACACCAGACCAGGGGGAGGCCAACACGGGGACAGCGAUAGUGAAGGUGACGGUAAAACCACAGAACGAGUUCGACCCUGUGUGGAGUAAUCCAGUUCCCGAUGGCAGCGGUAACUUUGCAGGGGCUACAGUCAGUGAAGGUGAUGCACCAGGGACUGUCGUUACAUCCUUCACUGCAACUGAUGCUGAUCUCGGCGACGACGGUGACGUCAUCUACACCAUUGCGUCUGUGACUGCAGCAUCAGGAGCUUCAGCACCAGACAAGUUCUCCAUAGCCUCCUCUACAGGAGAACUGAUGGUGGCAGGAGAGCUGGAUGUGGACACAGGGACUAACGGAGAAAGCAGCUACACUGUAUUGGUCAGGGCGUCGGACAAAGGAGCAACAGCCCGGACCCUGGAUGGCAGCAUCGUUGUUACAUUAACAAACGUCAACGACAACGCCCCGACCUUUGACCAAACCGACUACACAGCUAGUGUGAGUGAAGCUAGUGCAGUUGGUACAACAGUGAUCGCCCUCAACACUGAAGACUUUGAUGGUGAUGCAGUGACUCUGUCUGUAGCCAGUGGACGGGAUGAUCUGUUUGAGUGUGUUGGAAAUGAGGUCAAGGUCAAGGCCCCUCUGGACUACGAAACAGACACGUACCAUGUUAUUACUAUCAGGGCUAGUGACGGGGUCUUUAAUGCAGAUGUUCCCCUCCAAAUCAACGUCCAGGAUGCAAGCGACGAGACACCUGUUAUUGUGGUUGUUGCCGCUGCAUCCAUGGCAGAAGAACAAGCAAUAGGAACAGGAGUGUAUGGCGGAUAUGCUGCCACUGAUGGUGAUGCAAACGACACAAUCACAUAUGCUCUAAGUGGUGCUGACAGCAGCUACCUAAACAUUGACCCCAGCACUGGGGAGCUGUCCGUAGCACAACAUAUCGACAGAGAUGGAAGCAGCGGCAAGACUCAGUUGGACCUCACCUUGACCGUAACUGACCAGGGAGGACUACAGGACACUCAGGCUUUCUCCAUCACUGUAGAGGACAUCAAUGAUUUGACACCAGUCUUCGACACAUCAGAGUUCAGCGUAGAGAUACCUGAAAACAGUGCUGCAGAUCUCUCGUUGUUGGAUCUGACGUGUUCCGAUGGGGAUACUGGUAACAACGCUCUGUAUGACGUCACGGUUGCCAGUGGAGACGGUGGGGCCGGUAUCUUCAAGAUGUCCGGACUUCAGCUUCUUACAGACUCCAACCCUGCUGACUAUGAAGCUCUAGAAGCAUCAGGCUACAUGUACACCCUGGUCAUCACAGCAGUGGACAAGCCUGACCAGGGGGCACCCAACACGGGAACAGCAAUUGUAAGGGUCACAGUGAAACCUGAAAAUGAGUUUGACCCUGUCUGGACAUCCCCAAGUAAUGGCAUUGGUGCUGUAGAUGUAGAUGAAGACUCAGCUCCAGGUGCAGUCAUAUCAGCCUACCAGGCGACUGACAGUGACUUAGGUGACGAUGGAGAUGUCACCUACAGCAUUGUGUCAGUAGUGAGCGCGUCAGGCGGAGAUGGAUCCGACAAGUUCACAAUAGAUGCUGUAUCAGGAGAGCUGAUGGUGGCUGGAGAGCUUGACGUAGACACUGCUACUAAUGGAGAGGCUAGUUACACUAUCAGUGUUAGGGCUUCAGACAAGGGGGUGACUCCACGCACUGUGGAUGGGAGCAUCACCGUGACGUUGCUGAACACCAAUGACAAUGCACCUACAUUUGACCAGCACACCUUCCAAAAAAGCCUCAGUGAAGACAGCGCUAUGGAUACAGUUGUCAUCACCUUCAACGUCGAGGACCAUGACGGUGAUGCUGUGACAUUGUCUGUAGUCAGUGGAAGAGAUGACCUGUUCUCGUGUGAUGGAUAUGACGUCAAGGUCAAGGGUGCGCUGGAUUUUGAAACGGACACAACCCACGUUCUUGUAAUAAGGGCUAACGAUGGUAAAUACGACACUGAUGUAUCACUAGAGAUCAAUGUUUCCGACGUCUCUGACGAAGCACCUGUCAUCACCGUUACAACAAGCUCAAUGGCAGAGGAACAAACGACAGGGUCAGCAGUGGAUGGAGGAUAUGUUGUCACAGAUGCCGAUGCUGGAGACGUCGUGACGUAUUCUCUGUCUGGUUCCGAUAGUGGCUAUUUCACCAUUGAUUCAACGACGGGAGAGUUAACUGUGGCACAGAAUAUUGACCGAGAUACAGGGAAAAGUGAAGUGUCUCUAACCUUAACUGUCACUGACCAGACUGGACUUACUGCUACCAAGGAUUUCACCAUCCCACUUGUGGACAUAAACGAUCUCCCUCCCGUGUUCAGCCCGACAGAGUAUGCUGUUGAAGUCAUAGAAAAUACCGCUCCCGACACGUCCUUGUUGGACCUGACAUGCACGGACGGUGACGAUGGAAACAAUGCAUUAUUUAAUGUCCUUGUUCAACAUGGUGAUGACACAUCUACAAAGUUCAAGAUGAAUGGUCAGCAGCUUCAGACGGAUAACCUGUUGGACUACGAGUCGGUGGAGUCGUACACCCUGGUCAUCACAGCGGUGGACACACCAGACCAGGGGGAGGCCAACACGGGGACAGCGAUAGUGAAGGUGACGGUCAAACCAGAGAACGAGUUCGACCCUGUGUGGACAGCACCUGCUUCAGAUGGAAGUGGAACAUUUAGCGGGAUAAGCGUGGAAGAAGACGUUGCUGCUGGUAGUGUUGUGGCGACGUUCUCUGCCACUGAUGAUGACCAUGGGAAUGAUGGUGUCGUCACCUACAGCAUCGUCUCAGUCACUGCAGCUUCAGGUGGAACAGUUACUGAUAAGUUUUCAGUCAUUGGCCACACAGGAGAUUUACUGGUGGCAGGCCCUUUAGACGUUGACGUAGGAACCAACGGGGAGGCGAGUUACACCAUUGUAGUGAAGGCAUCGGACAACGGCGCCACGCCGCGCUCUGUGGAAGGAACCAUCACUGUCUCCCUCGACAACGUCAACGACAACGCUCCAGUGUUUGAUCAGACAGAGUACCAGGCAGACCUCGGUGAAGACAGUGCUGUGGAUACAGUUGUCAUCACAUUCAACAUUCAGGACCACGACGGUGACGCUGUGACGUUGACAAUCGCGAGUGGACGCGAUGAUCUAUUCACUUGUGACGGUCAUGACGUCAAGGUCAAGGCUGCUCUGGAUUUCGAAACAGAUACCUUCUAUGUACUUUUAAUUAAAGCUAGUGAUGGAAAGUUUGAUGUCGAGGUCUCACUUCAAGUAGACAUCACUGACGUCAUCGACGAAGCACCUGUUAUCACCAUGGCAACCACAAGUUCCGUAGCAGAGGAACAAACAAUCGGUACUGGAGUAGAUGGAGGGUACAUCAUCACGGAUGCUGAUAAACAGGAUGUCCACUCCUACACUCUCAGUGGAGCUGACAGCGCCUACCUCAGCAUUGAUUCAGCCACAGGUGAGCUGACAGUUGCCCAGAACAUCAACAGAGAAGGGGCCAAUGCUAAAUCAGCCCUGUCCCUCACACUGACCGUCACUGACCAGGCCGGACUCCAGGCCACCCAGGACUUCAUUAUCACAGUUGAAGACAUCAACGACCUCCCGCCAACAUUCAACCCAUCUGUGUACGAGAUCCAGGUCACUGAAAACACUGCUGUUGACUCUGACCUGCUGCAGCUCACCUGCACUGACGAAGACGCUGGCAACAAUGCUGUAUUCACAACGUCAAUAGCCAGCGGGGACGAUACAGUUCGGAAGUUCAAGAUGGCUGAUCUGAAACUACUAUCGGAUUCUAAUGCUGUUGACUUUGAGAGUCUGGAAGCCUCAAACUAUAUGUAUACCCUCAUCAUUACUGCAGUAGACACACCCGAUGAUGGCAAUCCCAUGACAGGAACAGCAAUCGUCAAGGUGACUGUUGUACCUGAAAAUGAAUUUGACCCUGUUUGGAUAGCGCCGGCUUCAAGCGGAAGUGGUAGUUUUCAUGAUAUUGUCAUAUCUGAAGAUACAGCCGUUGGUUCUGUUCUGACAACAUUUAGCGCUACUGACAAUGACAAGGCAGACGAUGGCCUCAUCACUUACACCAUCACAGGAACAAAUUCAGCUUCUGGAGCUUCUGCUGACAACAUCUUCUCAGUAGACAGCCACACCGGAGAGUUAAUUGUCACGGGACCAUUAGACUACGACACUGGCACCAACGGUGAGUCCAGCUAUACAGUCUCAGUAAAGGCAGCAGACAGUGGAGGUACCCCUAGAGACAUAGCAGGCACAAUCACCAUUACACUGACCAACGUCAACGACAAUGCCCCUGUCUUUGACCAAAGUGAAUACAACACCAGCGUCGCCGAGGACAGUGAUGUUGGGACAGCUGUGAUUUCCCUCAACAACGUCGACUUUGACGGUGAUGAUGUCACCCUGUCCAUCUCUACUGGUAGGGAUGACCUGUUCGAGUGCGACGGAAACGACAUCGUCGUCAAAGCUACCCUAGAUUUUGAAACAGACAAAGUUCACAUUCUUAUAAUAAGGGCAUCUGAUGGAGUACAUGAAACUGAUGUGACUGUCAAGAUCGACAUAACAGAUGCAACAGACGAGACGCCCGUCAUCACCAUAGCAACCACGUCUUCCAUGGCGGAGGAGCAGACAGUUGGGACUCCUGUAGAGGGAGGUUACGUCGUUACGGAUGCUGAUGAACACGAUGUCCUUACUUAUGUCUUAAGUGGUGUUGACAGUCCCUACCUUACCAUCGACUCAUCGUCUGGCGACUUGUCAGUUGCUGCCAAUGUUGAUAGAGAAGGAACCAAUGCUAAAACGGAACUGUUUCUCACCUUGACCGUAACUGACCUGGCUGGACUACAAGCAAUACAAGACUUCACGAUCACGGUUGAGGACAUCAAUGAUCAACAUCCAGUUUGUGACCCGUCUGUGUUGGAAGUCGAGGUCACGGAAAAUAUGGCUGGAGAUACCGAGGUCCUGGAUUUUAUAUGUGUUGACAGCGAUAUCGGCAGCAACGCCCAGUUUGGCUUAACCUUAGCGAGUGGGGAUGAUACCCCUAAUAAGUUUAAAGUUUCAAACUCUAAACUCCUCACGGACUCUACUAACCUUGACUACGAGGCUUUAGAAGCAGUAGACUACAUGUACACCCUGGUCAUCACAGCAGUGGACACACCAGACCAGGGAGAGCCCAACACGGGGACAGUGAUAGUGAGGGUGACGGUCAAGCCAGAGAACGAGUUCGACCCUGUGUGGACAGGACCUGCUUCAGAUGGAGGUGGAACAUUUACAGGAGUGAGUGUUAGUGAGGAUGAAGGACCAGGGUUUGUGAUCACGACUUUCACAGCCACUGAUGACGACCACAGUGACGACGGGGUGGUCACGUACUCAGUUGUCUCCAUCACUGCAGCUUCAGGUGCAUCUGUACCGGACAUAUUCAUCAUAGAUGCCCACACAGGAGAACUCAUUGUGGCUGAUGACUUAGACGUUGACGCAGGAACAAACGGUGAGGCGAGUUACGCCAUUGUAGUGAAGUCAUCGGACAACGGCGCCACGCCACGCUCUGUGGAAGGAACCAUCACUGUCUCCCUCGACAACGUCAACGACAACGCUCCAGUGUUUGAUCAGGCAGAGUACCAGACAGACCUCAGUGAAGACAGUGUUGUUGACAGUGUCGUGAUAACUAUUAACACUGACGAUUUUGAUGGCGAUUCUGUGACACUGUCAAUUACGUCUGGGAGGGAUGACAUAUUCAAGAUUGAUGGAAGUGAUGUGAAGGUCAAGGCUGCAUUGGUCGAUUACGAAUCCGCCCAGAGUCAUCUUUUAUACAUCAUGGCGACUGAUGGCACGUUGGAGUCCCGAGUGUCACUGCACGUCACGGUGCUGGACGUGGUAGACGAAGCUCCUGUCAUCGCCAUAGACACCUCAGGAACCAUGUCCGAGGGUCAAGCUAUAGCUACAGGAGUACAAGGAGGGUUUCGUGUCACCGAUCCAGAUCAACAGGAUGUGCUAUUAUUUGCAUUAACAGGUGCAGAUAGUCACUACCUGAAUAUCGACUCCGCAACCGGCGACCUGUCAGUAGCGGAGCAUGUCGACAGAGACGGGGUGGGUGGCGUCACAGAACUGACCGGACUCACACUGACGGUCACGGACCAAGCCGGGCUCCAGGACACAAAGGACUUUACCGUCACAGUUGUCGACAUCAAUGACCACGCCCCCGUAUUUGACCCAGCAGAAUACAGCAUUGAAAUCACAGAAAAUACUGCUACGGACACGUCCUUGUUGGACUUGGUCUGCUCUGAUGGUGACUCUGGCAACAAUGCUGUCUUUGUCAUGGGUGUUGGAGAUGGGGACGACUCUCAGACAAAGUUCAAGAUAUCUGGUCAGCAACUCCAGACGGACGUUAACCUCGUUGACUACGAUAGUCUUGAAACAUCUGGCUACAUGUACACCCUGGUCAUCACAGCAGUGGACACACCAGACCAGGGGGAGGCAAACACGGGGACAGCGAUAGUGAAGGUGACGGUCAAGCCAGAGAACGAGUUCGACCCUGUGUGGACAGGACCUGCUUCAGAUGGAAGUGGAACAUUCGUCGCCAUCUCCGUGAAAGAGGAUCUAGCUCCUGGCGAUGUUGCAGUGACUUUCACUGCUGUUGAUGACGAUCUCGGCAAUGAUGGAGAAGUUUCAUACAGUAUUGUAUCUGUAACCGCUGCGACAGGAGGGUUGUUGGUGGCAGGCAAACUUGACGUGGAUUCCGCUACUGGAGGGGUGUCCAGCUACACAGUCGUGGUCAAGGCUUCGGACAAUGGUCAGACACCGCGUGAGACACAGGGAACCAUUACUGUAUCGCUAGAGAAUGUCAACGACAUCGCACCUGCGUUUGACCAGACUGAUUUCGAAACAUCCGUCGAUGAAGACGCAGCUGUAGACGUUGUGGUGAUGUCUCUUGCAGUUGUUGACCACGAUGGUGACGCUGUGACGUUGUCUAUCGCCAGUGGACGAGAUGAUCUGUUCCUGUGUGACGGAUAUGACGUAAAAGUGAAGGCCGCUCUGAAUUUCGAGGAGGAAGCUAUUCAUAUCUUAGUCGUACGUGCAUCUGAUGGCACUUUCACCACGGAUUUCACCGUACACGUCAGCGUCAAUGACGUCAUAGAUGAAGCUCCUGUGAUAACCUUGGAAGGGACAGCGUCGAUGGCGGAAGGCCAGGUUGUGGGGACAGGGGUGGAUGGAGAGUAUGCCGUCACGGAUGCUGAUGCUGGAGACACACUUACUUUCUCCCUCAGUGGUACGGACAGUAGCUACUUGUCCAUAGACCCAGCCACUGGCGAGCUCUCUGUUAGCCAGACCGUUGACAGGGAGGGAGCUGAUGGGAAAACUGCGCUGUCCCUCACACUGACCGUCACUGACCAGGCCGGACUCCAGGCCACCAAGGACUUCACCAUCACAGUAGAGGACAUCAAUGAUCUACCUCCUGUGUGCGAUCCAGCUGUCUUCGUAACGGAAGUCACAGAAAACACUGCAGAAGAUGCUGUCCUACUUGUCCUGACGUGCACUGACGAUGACGACGGUAACAACGCCAUUUUCAGCGUGUCCAUAGGCAGCGGAGAUGACACGGACCCGAAGUUCAAGAUGUCUGGAAAGCAGUUAUUGACGAGCAGCACCCCGUUAGACUACGAGUCGUUAAAGGACAAUGACUACAUGUACACCUUGGUCAUCACGGCAGUGGACACACCAGACCAGGGGGAGGCCAACACGGGGACAGCGAUAGUGAAGGUGAUGGUCAAACCAGAGAACGAGUUCGACCCUGUGUGGAGUGACCCUGUACCUGACGCCAAUGGGUACCUCAAUAACGUCACAGUUGACGAAGACGCUGCUCCGGGGACGGCAAUAACGACAGUGACGGCGACUGAUGACGAUCUGGCCGACGACGGAGUGGUUGUGUAUGAGAUUACUUCAGUUACAGUUGAUGACGGAUCCGACGCUCUGGGGACAUUUGUCAUCGGUUACGACACAGGCGACCUUCAAGUCAAGUCUGGACUUGAUGCUGAGGGCGGCAUCAACCGCUACGACAUUUCAAUCCGCGCUGUAGACCUCGGCACCGCUCCAAAAGACGUGACUGCCUCUGUUCAAGUGUACGUCAACAACGUGAACGACAUGGCUCCAGUGUUCUCAGACACAAAGUACCAAAUAGUGGUGUAUGAAAACGUCACCGCCGAUUCCGCCAUCUUCACGUUAGCGGCGACCGAUCCUGAUGGAGACGACGUGUCGUUUGCGUUAGAAGGCACUAGUGACCUGUUCGAGGUUCGAGGAGAGGAGGUUAUUAUACUGAAAAAAUUAGAUUUUGAGACUGACAGAUACCACUCCACCAUCAUUAGCGCUGGUGACGGCAUUCACACCACCUACGUAUCAUUCGUCGUAAAUGUCGGUAACGUCAUGGACGAACCGCCCUCCAUCACGGCGCCGGGUUUCUCCAUACCAGAGGGGCAGCUCAUUGGCACCGUGCUUGGAGAUGUCUUCAUCAUCGAUGACGCCGACCUCGGAGACGUUUUCAAGUACACCCUCUCCGGUACUAAUGCACAUAUGCUGUCCGUCAAUGAAGAAACAGGAGAGUUAUCUAUUAAUGAGUCCAUCGAUUACGAAGGCGGCAUGACUGUGCUUGAAGACGUGACCUUGACCGUGACAGAUCAAGGGGGACAAUCAACUAACUCGGAUCUUCGGUUUACCAUCUGGGAUAUUAACGACAACGCGCCACUGUUUGCCAAUCCGUCGUACACUGCAUCUGUUACAGAAGGUGACUUGGCCGGUCAGGCCCUGUUUGACUUUGUCGUUACCGAUGAGGACGCGGGUGUCAACGGAGAGUACAGUAUCAACAUCCUAUCGCCCACCAACGUCGGCAGCAUGUACAACAUCACUGGAACAACGCUCUACGCCAACCCUUCCAACAUCGACUAUGAAGCCCUUGCCAAUACCGACUAUAAGCAUACGUUGACGGUGGUUGCCAUAGAUACUCCAGUGGACGGACAAGCGUUGACGGGAACGGCAUUAGUCACCGUGACGGUGGAUCCAACAAAUGAGUUCACGCCUGAGUGGAUGGAACCCGCCGUUGACGUCAACGGAAAAUUCCCCAACGUGACGGUUAUGGAGUCGGUUCCGUUUGGUUCCUUGGUGGCCAAUUUCACCGCCGAGGACGGAGAUGAUGGGAAAGACGGAAGGAUCGUCUACGAGAUACUGUCAAUUACCUCGAGUAAUGGCAUUCAAGAGCCGGGUGUGUUGACGAUGCGGGAAAGUGACGGCGUCGGUGGGUUGUACACGUCGUCAAAGUUGGAUGCAGAUAGCGUGUCCUACUACGAGGUUGCCGUCGCUGCUUCUGAUACUGGUGACACUCCUCGUUCCACCACCGCCACGGUCACCAUCAAUAUUGAGUCAAAUGACCCAGUGGUCACAAGUCAGCCUGGCGUGGACAUGGAGACGUGGAUCUUGAGGGGGUCUCUCAUGGUGAUGAGCGUAGCUGUGCUGACAGGGUUUGCCAUGUAUGCGAAGAAUGCACUGGGGUGA